AUGGUGGGCAAGAAAUCGGGCAAGGCCCUCCUUCGAGAUGAAGGUCUUGAACGGACGGACAAUAACAUGGAGCUAUCGAGCUGGCCCCAGAUAGCUCCCAUCAACCAGAAGAAUUAUUACACCGACUAUCUCAAAAGAGACGACCAGCUUCUUGCGUUUCGCCUGCAAAAUGAGGAGGCCCGCAACCGUAUGGCAAAGACCGCUAAGGAUCGCGACCGCGCUCUUGCGAUAGGAAAGUCGCACGAGGUGGAUGGGGAAACGGAGAUGGAUGGCGACACUGAGGAAGCUACCGAGGAGACGCCUACAGAGGCGCUUGGCUCCAAGGUGAUUGUCAUCCACGUGGGCAGUCAGAAUCUGCGGAUCGGCCUGGCCAGCGAUGCACUCCCGAAGACAGUGCCCAUGGUGAUAGCGAGAAAGGCGUCCGCCAGCGAAUCGGAGGAAGAAGGCGCUGAACCAAGACCAAAGAGGGUGAAAUUAGAUGAUGACUCGCCCGUAGAGCCGGAGAAAAUGUUUGGUCCUGAGUUCAGUUCACAGUAUACCUCCAUGGCCGCAGAACUGAAAGCGCACAUGCGGCAGAACAAGAGGAGGACGCUUCCAAACUCAAAGGAAAUGGUGGUUAACUACAAUCGAAGGACACCCCCAGAGACAAUUUCGGAACAUAACGAUCCGCACCGGGUUGAAUGGACCGAAAUCCCAGACCCGGCACCGGAGUACAUCACUGGCCAAGCGGCCCUAAGGAUACCAGACACGUCGAAUCCGCGGUACAAGUUAUUCUGGCCCAUCCGGCAUGGGUGGUGCAAUGAGAAAGACUACAGCAGCAAGAGGCUUCUCUUCCUGGACAUUUCCUUGAUUCUGGAAGAUGCGAUCAAGUCGCAGUUAGGUUUGACAAGCAAAAAGGACUGGAUACAGUACUCCUGCGUAUUUGUCAUUCCAGAUCUCUACGAAAAGAACUACGUCACGCAGGUAUUGGAGAUGCUGAUGAAAGAGUUCGCAUUUGCCCGGGUAUGCUUUAUCCAGGAGAGCCUGGCGGCCACUUUCGGUGCGGGAUUCACCUCCGCUUGCGUUGUUGAUAUCGGCGCCCAGAAGACGUCGAUCUGUUGUGUGGAGGAAGGGAUGUGCAUUGAGAACUCGCGCGUGAAUUUGAAAUACGGCGGAGCCGACGUGACGGAGACGUUCAUUAAGAUGAUGCUGUACGACCACUUCCCGUACGCCGACAUCAACUUGUGCCGUCGAUACGACUUCCUGCUGGCCGAGGAACUCAAGAAGAAAGUGUGCACCAUGAACGAGGCGAACGUCUCUGUCCAGACGUUUGAUUUCCAUCUCCGGAUCUUUGGCCAAGACACGCGGAAGUACACCUUCAAGGCAUAUGAUGAAGUCCUCCUGGCCCCGAUGGGCUACUUCCAGCCUUCCAUCUUCGACAAUUCCCACAAACUGGACGGACGAAGGAAACUCCUGCCACGUUCCUAUGACAUCUACGACGGCCAGCCGAACGACCCCGUGUCGGCAGCGCAGUCGGAAAUUCUGUCAUCGCUCGCUCCUGCGUCCGCAGACGCUGAAUCGCAGGAAGAACCGCAAUCGAACGGCGCUCCGGCGGACGUGCAAGCCACACCGAGUCGGUCGCAGCAGCUCCACGCCCUGAGUCGUGUGCAGGAUGUGGAGGCUACGCCUCGCUCGUCCGUUGCGGGCUCCCCAGCCCCAGAAGCGGUCGGCACCAGCACUCCUCAAGCCGGAGGCGGAGCUAGCACGCCGGUCCCUGGCGCCCAGACCUCGACACUUCCACCAGCGCCACGAGGACCUACCAUCGAGGAACGCGACGACAUCCUCCCGAUCUUCCCGCUAGACAACGCCAUCCUGACGUCUAUCAUGCACGCUGCGCGGUCCGACGACCGCAGGAUGCGCGAUUUCCUCGGCGGGAUCAUGGUACUGGGCGGAGGCAGCCUCGUACCGGGCUUCCACGCUUACCUCGAAGAGCGCCUGCACGCCCUCCGGCCUGGGUACGCGAAGGAGAUCAUGAUCGGCACGCCACCCCGCGAUCUGGACCCGCAAGUCGUCGUGUGGAAGGGGGCCAGCGUAUUCGGCAAGCUGAGCGGGACGAACGACAGCUGGAUCGGACAGCUGGAGUACGAUCGACUGGGGAGCAGGUUACUGGCCUACAAGUGCAUGUGGGCAUAUUAA